UAUCAACCACCACCAGAGAGAUCCAGCCUCGUUUCCAAGUUGUUUGUAAACAAACUGUUGGAAGGAUUCUGAACAGGUUAAGACAAGCGCGCGCGCACACACACUCACAUCUCCUGUUCAGGAUGGAUUCCUUGUAUGGGAACAAUGUCUGCUCUAAGGUUCUCUAUGAUAAACCCUUUUCGAAUUGCAGCAUGUUGUCGGACAGCUACCUUGAUAUGUACCCUUACAGCUAUCCCUACAGCAGCAGCGUCUGUAACAAGGAGAACCUGGAAGACUGUAUUAUACAUUUAAACAAGCUGCUGCAGAAUAUGUGUCUACCAACAAUAAGCAAUAUGUCCAACAUCACAGUCCCUCUCGUGAACAUCACUUUUGAUUUACUUAAACGCAUUCAACAGGACACAAAGUUUCGAGAGGAACUGGAAUCAAAAACAUCUCGUAUAAUCACCGACUACGAACGCUUACAAACCUCACAGAUGCGACUCAAAGAUGAUAUUGAAAAGCUAGAACGGGAAAUUGCAGUUCGACAAGGAAAAGAAAAAGAACUUUCUACCAAAAACCGUUCUCUCUGUUCUUCCAUUAAAGCUGAGAAAGAUGAAGUGAAACGACUGAACUCUACAAUUAACCACAGGGAACUCCAGUACCGACAUGACUCUAAGAAGAAUGAACGAGAGAUGAAUCGGUUGAAGGAGAAGUUGAGUCAGGUUCUCAUGGAGAAAUCUCAUAAAAUACUUGGUCCUGAGAUUCUGAAUGCCUUACCAAAAACUGACGGCAAAAGGGCCACAUGGAAAACCAAUUCCAAUCAAGUUGAAGAAUUCUACAGCAUGAUGCUGAGAGAUUAUGAAAAGAAGCUGAAGAGCCUUCAUGCGGAGAACCACGACUUGGAGAACUUCAUAGAAAAGAUUGUCCACACUUUAGAGUCUCUGGUUGAUCAAUUUAAAUUCAAACUCAACUCUGUGAUGCAUGUUGUAAAUGAAGUGGAUUAUGAGAGUGAUGCAGAAGAGGAGAUGGAAGUGGCCGAAGGCAAGAGUUCUUACGACGCAAGUGAAAGUGGAUAUGAAACUUGUGCAUCAUUUACAAAGUGCCAAAAAUUACUACAAAAGCUUAAUCGAUACUGUACGACCCUUCACAAUUAUCUGGAGAACAACAUUCAAGAUCCUGAGAAAGCAAGUGCUAAGAAUUUAGAUGUUGGACAGGAAUCAGAAGUGGAUUUACUCAAGACAAAACUUCAACAGUUUAAAGAAUUGGUUGCUUUCCAAGAGGAAACCUUGCAGAAGUUUGCCAACAAAGCUCCAUCUGAGAAUUCUAGCAACUCGUUUCUUCAUGAAACGCAAUUAAUCCAAGAAUACGAGCAACUGGAAAUCAAAAAGAAGCUCUUCUUGGAGGCAAAAGGAAACUUUGAGAAGGAAAGGUUGCAGCACAUGAAUGAAGCCAUGCAAUUAGCGGAAGAGAAAAAGCUUUUUAACCUGGAGAAAUGUAACAAGAUGAAACAACAGUUCCUGGAAUUGGCUCCCAAGAAAAACCCUGCAGAAUUACUCCCUGCCUUAAGUGAUUUUCUUUCUGCUACAACCUCGAGUGAAGCCAUGUCGGACUCUUACUCCACUCCGGAUACGAAAACCGUCUUCAAGAAUUCAACGUCUUGUAAUGAACACCUGAAAUGCAAAAAUUUGGCAUCUGGAGAUGCAGCUCAAGUGAGAAACCAUCAACGGAAUUCUUUACUGGAUUAUUCAGACUUCAUUUUAGACAAGUUGCCAUACAGCCUGGAUGAUUCUCAAUCUAUCUCCAACCAUAAUUUAAGCAGUUCCAAUCCAGUGAAUGUCACACCAAAAUGCCAGUCGUACAGUUCUUUGGGUGCAUCGAACCGUUCUCCAUGCAGUUCUGCCUCAGCACCAUCAGGGCUCAACUCUGAAGAAUCCAGUAAAGUCUGUCCCUCUUCAAGUCUUUUCCAAAGACUAGAUUCUAGUAAAAUUUUGGACUCUGGUAAGAUCUUCUCCUCCAAAGCUUUGCGCCAUCAUUUUUCUCAGCGGAGACGGUCGGAUCCAGUUUGCUCAAUGAAUGACCUCUGCAAUCUUGCCGCUUCGUCCUUACACAGCUGUGGUGAACUCUGCCAUAAAACACACUUUGUCAGCCUCAACUCUUUGAAUCGGUCGCUUUGUUUGCAGGACCCGCUGGAACCUCAAUUCCAGUCACAGACUAACUCUUUACAUGAUUUCAUUGAUCCUUUUGACCUUUAAAGGUCAUCUGCAGUCAUCACUAUCAUCAUCAUCAUCAUCAAAUGUUUUGUUUGUUUGUGUUUAAAAAUCUAUUUUUGUUCCUUCUUGUUUAAAAUUGAAAUUUCUGCUGUGAUCAUUACAAUUUGUAAAUACUUAUUUAUCAAGAACUUUUGAAUUUUUCUUUUUUUUUUUCUAGUUUUCCAAAUUUUUCAGAAAAAAUUAUUUUAAGAAUUUUCUUAAAUUUCCAUUUAACUUUGUUCCUGUUAUUAAAAAAAAAAAAAAAAUUUCUCUCUCUCCCGUCCGAAACAAAAACCUUUUUGAAAUUCUCUGUAAAUAGUCCUCCAUUUUGUAAAUCAAAGCUGUUGGCUGUCUUACUCCCCUCUAACUGCAUAAUAUGAAUUUAAAAAAACCAUAUUCUUUGCUUCUUUUAAGUUUCUGUUCCCCUUUCAAUUCUGAUGGAUUUUUUUAUUUCUUCUCUCCUUGGUCAUCUUUCAUUUCCCCUCCUACUUUCUUCCUUCACUCCCACUACUUCGCUCUUCACUUCAUUACCCCCCCCACACACACCACACACACACACAGUCUCUGUGUCCAAGAGACUCUCUCUCUCUCUCUCUCAUCAACUGGUUGUCCUCUUAAUUUCCCCUAACAAUCAUUUCAUUCCAAGCAAUAAACACAGGAAUAAAAGUUUUGUUACUGAAAAA